GUUUGAGGUUUGGAAAAGUUAUGCAGACAGUUGAUUUUUAAGCCUCCCCUUGGAUGCAUCAUGCUGGCUUCUUUUUGGAAAUUCACUAUUAUCAUCUCAUUCUGUUUACUUCCUGUGAAGCUUGAGGAUGACUCAGAUAUACCAGCGAUUGCCAAAUAUUUCAACACAAAAGGGAGGUAUGAGGAAGUGAACCCGUAUCUCAUAGAGGACAUACUUGCUGUUAACAGAUCUAUUUUACAGCCUCCAUCUGCACAAUGUCACGAAAUUCAUCUGACUGCCAUAAUAAGACACGGCACAAGAUACCCAACGACCAAAAACAUCAAGGAGAUUCAGCAGCUCUACAACAUUGUCCUGCACAAUGCCUCUGGUGAACAGAACUGGCUGCGUGAACUCCAGACCCAGUGGACGAUGUGGUACACUGAGGACAUGGACGGCCGACUCGUCCAAAAAGGUGUGAACGACCUUAAGCAUCUGGCCGUCAGGCUGUCGAAGCUGUUCCCCUCACUGAUUUCCGAGGAGAAGCUUCGAGGUGGACUCAUCAAAUUCAUAACCAGCUCAAAGCACAGGUGUGUGAACAGCACACUGUCCUUUCAAGCAGGACUGACUGAGCUGUGGGCUAUUAAAGAUAAGGAGUUUGACCAUGCAGUGAACGAUGCUCUGAUGAGGUUUUUUGACAAAUGCACCAGGUUUGUGCAGGAAGUUGACAACAACCCCUCAGCUGUGGUAGAGGUGGACAAGUUCAAGCAGGGACCAGAGAUGAGGAGGGUCCAGGAGAAGAUCGCAGAUCAUCUUAGGGUCCCGUACUGUCUCAUCACACACGACAUGACUGAAGCUGCAUUUUACGCAUGUGCUUAUGAAUUUGCCAUCAACGCAGUGAACUCCCCGUGGUGUCAGCUCUUUGAUGAGGAUGACGCAAAGGUUAUGGAGUAUGCAAGUGACCUGAGGGAAUUCUGGAAAAGAGGCUACGGCCAUGAUAUCAACAGCAAAUCGAGCUGCAUUCUCUUUCAUGAUCUGUUUAGCCGACUGGACAAGGCAGCCAAUGAGAUAAAGUCAGGCCAGCAGGUGACUGAAGCUGUGACAGUCCAGGUCGGCCAUGCAGACACCAUCCUGCCACUGCUUACCCUGCUGGGCUUCUUCAAGGACAGUGAAGCCCUGACAUCGACCAACUACGCCACACAGACCAAGCGUUCCUUCCGCACCAGCCACAUGUUGCCCUAUGCAGCUAACUUAGUCCUGGUUCUGUACGACUGUGGGGGAAGUGACCUGAGACUGCAGCCACUGCUCAACGAGAAGCCUGUGACUUUCUCUGGUUUAACUGGCCAGCAGGCCUCCAUGCCGCUCUAUCAAGACGUCAAAGAGCACUACAGAGAACUGCUCCACGGCUGUGACUUUGAGACUGAGUGUCAGCUGUUCAAGCAUCCUGCUGAGGUUUAGGUAAAUGGGGUGCAUUUUAUUCUCUUUUAUUUGUAAAAUGGAAUAAACAUUAUGCUCCUAUCCUGAAAAUGUCACCGGUUGAAGAAGUUUCUUCUAAAGUGCUCUGUUUUUUAUACAUUGAAUCUUUGUUGCUUUAAUUCAAUCAACAUUUUAAAAUUAAGAUAUGACUAAAUUGUUUUUGUUUUCAUAGUUAUGACAAAUGUGUUGAAAAAACUAUAUUAUAUAAAGCUCCUUUAAUCACUUA